AUGGAGCUUUCCAGUAGACAGAGAUCUCAAGAUGGGAAGAAAGAGCCACCCCUGUUCUUCCCAUAGACAGAGACCUGCAUGGGCCAGCAGGAGGAUCACCCUCCCUGGAGCUCAGCCAACCUUGCCCAGCAGGUGGUGCCGAGGGCAGGAGGAGGCGGCGGCGGCGGCUCCCAUUGGUCCAGCGGGUACCACGCCUCUCGGGGCGGCCCAGAAAAGGAGCCCGGGCUGCUCCAGACGUCAGAGGUGCAGGAUACCCUGAGAAAAUGGCUGAGUAUCUGAGGCUGCCUCAGUCCCUGGCGCUGAUCCGCCUCCGCAACCCUCCGGUCAACGCAAUCAGCCCAGCUGUCAUAAGGGGGAUAGGAGAAGGACUCCAGAAAGCCCGGUCAGACUACACGAUUAAAGCCAUCAUCAUCUGUGGAUCAGAUAGCUACUUCUGCUCAGGUGCAGAUAUCCAUAGCUUCAGCGCUCCCUCCUCUGGCCUCAGAUUGGGAGACACGGUCGAUGAAUUACAGAGAUACCAGAAGCCAGUAGUGGCUGCUAUCCAAGGUGUGGCUCUUGGAGGAGGACUAGAGCUGGCCCUGGGCUGUCACUACCGGAUUGCCAGUGCAGAGGCUCGUGUUGGCUUUCCAGAAGUCACACUGGGAAUUCUUCCUGGUGCCAGAGGAACCCAGCUUCUCCCCAGACUCAUUGGAGUUCCUAUUGCUCUUGACUUAAUUACCUCAGGAAGACAUAUUCCAGCAGGUGAAGCGCUCAAGCUUGGCAUUCUGGAUGCAGUUGUGAAGUCAGACAUAGUUGAAGAAGCAAUCAAAUUUGCUCAGAAGAUUAUAGAUAAACCUCUAGAACCCCGCAGACUCAUAAACAAGCCAGUCCCAAGCUUGCCCAACAUGGACAGUAUUUUCUCGGAAGCCAUUGCCAAGGUACGAAAGCAGUUCCCUGGCCACCUGGCUCCAGAGACCUGUGUCCGUUCAGUCCAGGCCUCCGUGAAGCACCCCUAUGAAGUGGGCAUUAAGGAAGAAGAAAAGCUGUUUAUGUACCUUCGGGCGUCAGGACAGGCCCGAGCCCUGCAGUAUGCCUUUUUCGCUGAAAAGUCUGCAAGUAAGUGGUCAACUCCCUCAGGAGCCUCUUGGAAAACAGCGUCUGGGCAACCAGUCUCCUCGGUUGGCGUUCUUGGCUUGGGAACAAUGGGCCGAGGCAUUGCCAUUUCUUUUCUAAGGGCUGGGAUCCCCGUGGUUGCUGUAGAGUUGGACCCGAAGCAGCUAGAUCUUGCAAAAGGGAUGAUAACUGCCAUCUUGGAAAAAGAAGCAUCCAAAAUGCAGCAGAGUGGCCGCGCUCCAGCAAGACCCGAACUUAGGUUCUCCUCAUCCACAAGGGAGCUUUCAAGUGUGGAUUUAGUGGUUGAAGCAGUGUUUGAAGAUAUGAACCUGAAGAAGCAGGUCUUUGCUGAACUGUCAGCCCUGUGCAAGCCAGGAACCUUUCUGUGCACCAAUACUUCAGCCCUGGACGUGGAUGAGAUUGCGUCUUCCACGAAUUGCCCUCAGCUGGUGAUCGGCACCCACUUCUUCUCCCCAGCUCAUAUCAUGAAGUUAUUAGAGGUUAUUCCAAGCCGAUACACUUCCCCCACUACCAUUGCCACUGUUAUGACCUUAUCAAAAAAGAUUGGAAAGAUUGGAGUUGUUGUAGGCAACUGCUAUGGAUUUGUUGGGAAUCGAAUGCUGAGCCCCUAUUACAACCAGACGUAUUUCUUGUUGGAGGAAGGUUGUAAGCCAGAGGAUGUAGAUGGGGUCUUAGAAGAGUUUGGUUUUAAAAUGGGACCCUUUAGAGUGUCUGACCUGGCAGGACUAGAUGUGGGUUGGAAAGUUCGCAAGGGGCAAGGCCUUACUGGACCUUCCUUGCCACCAGGAACUCCUGCCCGUAAGCGGGGCAAUAGCAGAUACUCCCCACUUGCUGAUAUGCUCUGCGAAUCCGGGCGAUUCGGUCAGAAGACCGGUAAGGGUUGGUAUCAGUAUGACAAACCACUGGGUCGGAUUCACAAACCUGACCCCUGGCUUUCCAAGCUCCUGUCACAGUAUAGAGCAACCCAUCACAUUGAACCGCGCUCCAUCAGCAAGGAUGAGAUCCUGGAGCGCUGCCUGUAUUCCCUCAUCAAUGAGGCAUUCCGCAUCUUGGGGGAGGGGAUGGCUGCUAGCCCAGAGCACAUUGACGUCAUCUACUUGCAUGGGUAUGGGUGGCCAAGGCACAAGGGCGGGCCCAUGUUCUAUGCUGCCUCAGUUGGGUUGCCCACAGUUCUAGAGAAAUUGCAGAAAUAUUACAAACAGAACCCUGAUAUCCCCCAACUGGAACCCAGUGACUACCUGCGAAAGCUGGUUGCCCAGGGAAACCCUCCCCUGAAAGAAUGGCAAAGUUUGGCAGGGCCUCACACCUGUAAACUGUAAUUUAGCCUUCUGUAUUUUGCCACACAUGUUGGCAUCUAAUUUCAGAUUGCUCUGAGGUACAGAUGAUGAUAGUGAUGAUGAUAGUGAUGAUGAUGAUGAUGAUGAUGAUGAUGAUGAUGACAAUGACUGGUCAGCAAAAACUCCUCUCUAUAUCUUUCUACCUCAUGAUUCUAUUGGUCAGAUUUUAGGAAUGCAUUUCUUAUGCCUCUGAAUGUAUUUCUAUGAGAAAAAUUCAGUGAAUAUGUACUGACAUUACUAAAAGAGUUCUCUUUUGACUUUUUGCCUUGUAUAACAAAAAUUUGUACAAAAUGUUGAUAGUAGAGUUAUUCAUAAUAACCCCAAAUGGACAACCCAGAUGUGCCUUAGCAAAUCAACAAGAAGUAGCAUAUACGUGAAAUUGACCAUUCUCAGCCAUGUGAAGUAAUCGACACCCGUUGUAACAUGAUGCUGGGUUAGGGCACUGCUCUGAGUAAGAAGAGGCAGGAAGCAAAGGCCACACACAAUUUGGAUAUAGAUAUGAAAUUCCAGAAUAUACAGAUCUGUGGACAGACAGUAGAUGAGUGGUCCAAGACUGUAACUGUUAGAAGUUAAAAUUACUGCUGAUGGAUACAGAAUAUCUUUGGGGGAGGUUGAUAAAUUUUUCUAAAAUUACUCUAGUGGUGAUUCUGUAGUGCUACAAAUAUACCAAAGCACACUAAGUUGAAUGGUUCAAAUGAACUAUGUUGUCUAUAUUUUAUAUAUCUCAAUAAAGUUAAUAAAAUUAAUGGAAAUAA